GUCCAACAAUUUUUACGUGUAUACGAUGUAAAGGAUAUUGGCCAUUUACUGUUACAGCAAUCGGUCAACUUUCUCCAUGGAGUUUCAAAAUGUUUAACGACGGUAUGGCUGCUAUGUUAAAAGCUCGUGAAGAAGAUAAUGAAAAAAAUCGCAAUUACGUUUACGCGUAUGUUGGUGCUACCUUUUCAUGUUUAUUGGGUGCUGCUGGGUGGAUAGGUUUGACAGCAUUAUGUUUUAGUUUAUUGCAUACUUCUUAUGCUGUUAGUAAAUGGAUAUGGGCUGUAUAUUCAAUUCCAAUCUUUUUUAUAGUAUUAGCACUGUUAUGUAGAGUAUGUGGAGGUAGUGGUUCUACUACGUUUAUUUUUGUUAUAUUCGCUUAUUUUGGCGCUACAACCCAUAUAUUAGGUUCGCAUAUAAUUCUUUCAAACAUUUCGGGUAAUUGGUCGGGAUUUCCUACUGAAAAAGUCGCAUUAGUGUCUUCAUUAAUUUUUUUCUUAGGAAAACGUCUUCUAUACGUAAAUUGUUAG